CAAAAAGAAGAAGAAGAAGCCCCAUAUACUACUGCUACUCAAUCCAUCGGUGCACCUAGAGCUCGGGUCCAUGUCCAUGACUCCUCGUUACAUCUACGCCCACGGGCCGGACGGGAGCUACUCCUUAAACAUCCAGCUCACCGCGCUACCGUGCCCCGGCAUGGCGCUCCACCUCAACACCGUCAUCGACCUCACCGUAGACAAUUACUGGCUGUUCCGCAUCCCGCCCAUCACCAUCGACUUCCUCAACAAGCUGCCGCAGCAGAGCGAGGCCCCGACGCCGGCAUCAGCCGUUACCACCCAGCUUACCCGCCGCUUCACGUGCUCCACCGGCGACUUCGUCCUCUGCAGACAGCCCCAGCGGGUGGAGGAGAUGGUCACGGCCGCGGGGCUGCCCCUGGAGUGCGCGCCCAGCGUGGCGGAGUUCAUCAGCCUGUCGGUCCGCAGCAACUCGUACCGCAAGCCAGUGGCCAUGACCGUGGAGGUCGGCGCGCCCGUGGACGAGGACGAGGACGAGGAGCUGCCGCCCGGCGCGGUCGUCGAGGAGUGCGCCAUAUGCUACAAGGAGUACCUGGUCGGCGGAGCAACGUCCGUGAAGCUGGCGUGCAGCCACACGUUCCACCGCAAGUGCCUGGACCGCUGGACGGCCGUGAACCGGACGUGCCCCUACUGCCGGGCGCCGGUGCCGGUGGAGCAAGACUACUGGGACGACGAGGAUGCUUGCGACGACGAGGAGUCGGAGUCUGGUGACAUCCCUAGCGAGGAGGGCGACGACGAGGAGUCGGAGUCUGAUGACAUCCCCAGCGAGGAGGGCGACGACGAGGAGUCCGAGUAUGAUGACAUCCCCAGCGAGGAGGGCGAUGACUGGGAGUCGGAGUAUGAAGACGUCCCCAACGAGGAGGAUCACGGCUCCUCGCCGGCGUCCGACGGCAGUAGCCAGGAAGUCACCGCGGCCUCUCCGGAGUUUGUUAGUUCUGUCAGGGAUCUGUCCCUGAGCUGUCUAAGAUUAGAUUAGAUUAGAUUAGAUUAGGAAGUGUUAGUCCGGCUAGGAUCUGGAUAGUUUGAUUAGAUUCAGUUGAUGG